AUGGGUAACGUAGGAAGUCGUAUCGAUGAUUCGGGUACCUUGUUUUUCAAGGACCAGAACAAAUUCACCAUCGCUAGUAUAACAAUCACGAAUUCGCGCAAUCGUGUUCUCCUUAAUCUCUCGCCAAAUACAUUUCCUGCAACAAGAUAUGUCGCCAAGCGCGAUGUCGGUGAUGAUAGCCCUGUGGAAUAUGUUCAGGACCCCGACCCCCCCUCGUCCGCAUCGAUUCCUUCGUUCCUGCUUCGGCUGAACAACGAUGAGGAACUCAACUUCAAAUUCUUAUUUAUCACCAGGCAAACACAGACUGGCAAUGUAUUCAACUCCACAGUCAAUGGCGUCUCCACUUCGUUGCCCGAAACUAUCGACACCAGUCUGACAGGUCUAACCUUCGCGCAUGCGUCCAACAUCAAAGAACUAGACAACCUCAUCACAAGAGAAUUCCAUGCCAACCCUAACCUACAAAAUAACACAAAUGUACAGUUCGUUGGUGAUUUUGCGACUAAUGGUAGCCCUUCCGUUCAAUUUGAAUGGACAUGGAAGUGGAAAGCUCCAAAGCCUGUCGAGGAUAAGGGUGGAGGCUGGAGGAACAGCUGCAGUUUUCUUGACUAUGACCAAAGAACGAAUCGAUUGAACACACUUGCCAAUCUUACAUUCUGGGUUCAGAAUACAGGGCGGCCUAUCUCCAGCCCACAAACAAUGUCUCCGCCAACUUUGGAUAUAACUGGUCCCGGUCGCAAUCGGAUACCUUCCUCUCAGUCCAUUAUGUCUCACCUCAGUGAUACAGAGGGACCUUCAGCCAGCCCGGCAGAACCAGCAGAUGUACCGUCAGCAGCUUCCGCUCCUGCUCCGGUGAAAGUUGACCUCCCAUCUCGUCAAGGUGACGAUAUGAGUGCUGUUGAAGAUGGCCCACUCUUUCGAGCCACGAUAAAAGCACUAGAACAGAGAACGGGAAGUAUGCGUGCGAAAAUUAAAAAGGUUUUGAAAAAGGCUGAAGCGGCUCAUCUGGCUCAGAUUGGUUGUAACGAAGCAACGAACGCGUUCAUUUCAGCUCUGAACGACGCGUCUUCUUCUAAUGCCAAUGCUAUCCAGCCCGCUAUGGAACACUAUUUCGAGAAAAUUGCACGUGAGAUUCUCAAUUAUGAACAGGUCAACACGUUGCAUCUACAGAAGCUUGUCAUUGAGCCUCUAUCCAAACUAUACAAUAACGACAUCAAACAGGCCGAAUCGAAGAAAAAGGAUUUUGAUGAGGAAAGCAGAGAUUACUAUGCUUAUGUUGGGCGCUAUUUAGGACAACGCCAAGACUCUUUGAAGGAGAAAAAGCGUGUAGAAAGUGAUUCCAAGUAUCAGGCAAAGCGACGGACUUUUGAGCUCAAACGAUUCGACUACUCGUCAUUUAUGCAAGAUCUUCACGGUGGCCGAAAGGAACAAGAAGUCUUAUCUCAUCUAACAAAGUACGCGGAGACACAAGCUAGAAAUUACCUUGCCACGUCAAAAAGGGUGGAUGAAAUGGUUCCUCAACUGGAUGCCCUUAUACGGGAAGUCGAACAAGCCGACAAGGAGUUUAAAUUCCAACGAACAGAGCGAGAGGAAAAGCGACGAGCCUUGGAGAAAAGCACUAAGACCUACGUGGAACCGGAAAACAUCUCUACCCCCGGUGUAAUAAGCUCUUCCAAUAACGGACAAACGUCAGAACCGGAGCUUAACAGAGCAGACAGCACUGGCUCACAGCUUAGAAACGUUCAUAGCAAUACAUCAUCUGUCUCCUCGCAGGCUACUCAGCCCACUGGGACAAGCAACUUAUCAACCUCUGCUUCAAAUGUCACAUCGAACCAGAGCCGCUUCAAAGGAUUCCGAGAUCUUGAAGAUGGAAUAUCGGUGGCGGGUUCAGAUAAGCUGGCAGGUCCGCAGAGGAAGGAGGGUCUGCUAUGGGCCCUCUCGCGCCCCGGGUCUCAUAUCGACCCAAAGGGGAUUAACAAACAAGCAUGGCAUAAAUUUUGGAUUGUAUUAGAUCAAGGCCAGCUUUCGGAGUACAGCAACUGGAAACAGAGGCUAGAUCUUCACAUGGAUCCCAUUGAUUUGCGUAUGGCUUCUGUACGUGAAGCAAGAAACGCCGAGCGUCGAUUUUGCUUUGAAGUGAUUACACCGCAAUUCAAACGUAUCUACCAGGCAACUUCUGAAGAAGACAUGAGUACCUGGAUCACGGCAAUCAAUAAUGCGUUGCAGAGUGCAGUUGAAGGACUCAAUCCUCUACCAUCGGUACCACCUUCGGCACGUAGUGACAGCAGUUCCAAGCGGCGAGACAUUGGUUCUAUCUUAACCGGCAAGAGCUCUUCGUACUCGGGACAACACUCUCAUUCCAAUGCAUCAAACGCCACCAGCGUCAAUCGUCGAACGACGGUGGGUGCCCGGCCAAGCUAUAUCCGCAGUGAUAGCAAUAGCUACGAAGAGAACCCAGCCAAGUUACUACAAACAAUACGUGAUGCCGACCAAGGGAACAAAUGGUGUGCUGAUUGUGCAUCCACUCUCAAGGUUGAAUGGGUUUCCAUUAACCUAGGGAUUGUUCUAUGUAUCGAGUGUAGUGGUAUCCACCGAUCUCUGGGAACUCACAUUUCUAAAGUUCGGUCUUUGACUUUGGACGUGAAUUCUUUUUCGAACGACAUUGUCGAAAUACUCUUACAGGUUGGAAAUCGGGUCAGCAACAUGGUCUGGGAAGCAACCUUAGAUCAGUUGCAAAAACCACAGCCACAAUCGACUCGUGAGGAGAGAUUAAAGUUUAUCACCGCUAAAUAUAGUGAUCGCGCAUAUGUGCGGCCAUUGACGUUUGGACGCUCACAUUACUCUACGGCCAACGAAACCCUGUUGGCAUCGAUCAAGAAGAAUGAUAUCCAAGGCGUUCUUUACGGAAUAGCGCUACGAGCCGACGUCAAUGUUGCUGAUCGCUCACGAAAUACCCACGCAGUGUUUCUUGCUCUUGCUGCUGCCGAUCCAGCUACUCCUGGAUCCUCGCCAGGACUAGCCGCUAACUCGAAGACAACGUCCACCAGAGCCAUACCGUUCCCGAUUGCCGAAUUAUUGGUUCAAAACGGUGCCGAGAUUCCGUCCCAGCCCGCACCAAUAACUCUGUCUCCUUCGGCACAACUGUAUAUCAGCCAACGCACAGCCGUGGUAUCGAGUACAUAUACAACAUUUUCUCCUCCUACGCCUGGGAAGCAGGGCUCCAGCGGUCUUUCACCCCUCCCGCUGAUCCGGGGUAAUUCAGGCUCCGAGUCUCACUCGGCAGCCCACGCUCUAGCCCCUUUAGAUGGUAGAGAACGAGAAAAGCUACAGAAAAGAGGCAGCGCAGGCGCGAGAUUUGCUGGCAAAGUAGCAUCUCUUGGGAAUGACAGGUAA